UAACUUCAGUUUGACUGUAGAUGUUUUACUGUAAACUGUCGGUUUGUUAUGAGAAUAUUCUGCCUAGUUUACAGUUUACAGUAGCUUUAUUGACACUUUAAAUGUGUACUUGAUAAACGUUGAAUGUAUUUUUGUAUUCCGUGUUUUAUUAGUUCCUCAGAGCUCCAAGUAGACCAGACAGAGCGUUAUUUAGGUGUCACCUGUGACAUAUUUGGUGUCAAAGAGAUUUUGAUCUUUUUGCAGAGCCUCUUCAUUUUUUUAUUUGGAUCAUUUUUUUUUUACAUUAGUGACAUACAUUUCAAAGAACUCCUUUAUGCUGAUUAAUUGAUGUUUGGAGAGGAGAGACAUGGAAAACUCUGUUAAAGUGUUUGUUGGUUUCUGUUCUUAAUUUAAUGGGAGCCGUUUUGUUGGUUUCCUUAAUUUGAAUUGAGGAGAUGAAGCUGAAACGGUGGCCCUCAGGUGAGUGUUUGCACAGCGGUUGAAUGUCGUGCGUAGGUGGAGGAGACCUAAUGAAAAACCUGUGACUGAUCGUCUUUCAUGCUGCCGCUCGCACAAAACCCGCAAGAAAACGCACAAAGGUUUGUGACUCUGCUGAGUCACACCGACACGACGAGAUGUUUCCCCACCGCGUUUGUUUAGUGAUUCACAAAGAUGCAGUUUACAGUUUGAAGAGUCAGGAAGGAAUGUGAUGAAUGAACCAAGCUGGCAGCUCAGACAUGUUACCUUACAUGUCGUUUAAGCGUUCGCUACAACUUGUCGCCUGCAGCACGCCCAUAGAAAAACGUGGAUGAACAGUUUCACUCUCCAGGCUCAUUAAGAGCUCUACAACCUUCAUAUUUCCUAUGAGCCACCUUUGUGUCCCGAACAGGUUUGACCGAUUUUCGUCAGUAGAAAGCCUGUAAGAGCAGGUGUAACUAACACUUAUGUAUUUCAUGUGUUGUCUAAAAUGGUUCAAAAUGUUUUCAAAUUUGCAAAUGAUUCCAAAGAAAAAUUGGAAACUCAGAAGAGUAUACAAACUUUUUCAUUUAUUAACUUUUCUACAUGAUUUUAACAAUAUAAAGAAUUUUAAAAAGCAAAAUGAAAAAAAAAACAAGAGAAAGAAAAGGCUAUUACUGUGAAAAUAUUUAAAAUCAAAUAUCGAGAAAAAAAUAAUGAAGAAAAAGUGAAGAUAUUUAAAAGAUGUGAUGUGAAAUAAAACCUAAAGUUAAAAGAUGUUUUAAAAGUCUGUAAUAAUUGAUGGACCGGUGCUGUUUUGUAGAUGUCUUGACAAGACCAGCUCAGUGGCCUUGUGGAGGAGUGUCCGCCUUGUGACUGGGAGGUCAUGAGUUCAAAUCCAGGCCGAGUCUGUAAAAUUGGGACCCAGUUCCUCCCUGUUUGACACUCAGCUUUAAGGAUUAAUGAUUGCACCAAAUGAUUCCCCAGCGCAGCUGUGUCUGCAGCUCACCCCUCCACCAGGGGAUGGGUCAGAUCUGGAGAACACAUUUACUGGGGCUUUAAGUUUUUGUGUUUUUAUCUAUUUUCUUAACCAACUAUAUUCCAUUAGGAGUCAUGAGGUCACUUGAGCCGUUCCCAGCUGAUGGACACUAAGGGACACUUUAGGAAGCACUUUAGGAGAAAGCUGGAGAAAACCCUCGCAUGCAUGAGGAGGACAUGCAAACUCCGCACAGAAAGUUGCCAAUCAGGAUUUGAACCGGAGCAAUCUCACUGUGUUGCCAGAGUGCUAACCACUGCACCACCAUCCUUCCCAACCUUAACUUUAUUCUGAAAAAGACAACAAAAAUGUCAGUUUUUGGCUGGAAAAUGUCUUUCCUCCAGCAGAGGGCGACAUUUGCUCGAUUAUUUAUCUCCCAUAAUCCCUCUUCCUGUUUUCUUCCACACUUUCUACCCCGAAAGCUCCUCCCACCAAACCUCCCAAACACCCCCCUUCAGUCCUCGUUACCCGGGAGACGGCUCAGGCGAGCAGGUGAUGCAUUGACAGGGAGCAGAUGGUUCCCUGUGGAGGAACCCAUGUACGUGACUUUUGUCAGCAAAGCCGUCCUGUGGGACAGAGAGGUCCACCACACCUCUGUCCGUGUCGGUUCUCUGAAGCGUCCCUCCAUGUGUCCACGGUUCCUGUCUCACAUGAGGCUUCCUCCUGAAGAAGACCUCCAUCCUCUGCAUUUCCUGAACUCCAUGUCCAUGCAGGAGCUCCCAUCCGAGGAGGAGACCACGAAGACCCAAAGUCCCGAAGGACACUUUCAGACCAAAGACGUCAGAGGACAGACGGCUGCAGACGGCCCUUUUCUGCCUGAAGGAGAACGUUCUUCUGAGGGCGUCCGUGUCCAAACUCCUGCUACUCCACCUCCGUCCCGCUUUCAUUCAACUCCUCCCCAUAAAACCACACCUCCUCCUGACUCUGGCAACUCCAUUCCUACUCCAGUCUCCUUCCAUCCUUCUUGCUCCUGUUCUCCACGAAGAACGGAUGAAUCUCUGAAGGAGGAGGUUCUACAGCCCACUCCGGUGAAACCGGACUCUGAGCUCAGCUUGGGACCCGCAGGACUGAUGUGCUGCAUGUCCCCGUCCUCCCUCUCUCAGGGGUCUUUCUCCCUGUCCAGCCGUCCACUCUCCAGCUUGUUCAGCCGCAGCACUGACCUCUGCAGCAGCAGAAACAGCCGAAACACUUCUGAUUUCAUGGAUUCGGAUCCAGAAGACGUCGAUAGUUUCUCCUCAGAUCAGCGAGUGAAGCAGGUUUCUCCGACCUCCGACCCUCCAACAGUAUCAAACCAUCGUCAGUCCCUUCACAGCCCCUCUGCUGCCCCCACUCCGCUCGCCGAGUCUGUCCUUUCUCGACCAGAACCGCCCUCCCCGGUCCAAAGGCAGAGGAUCCAUUCCCCUGGAGAAGGACCUCAUUCGAGCACCAGGAGCUCUGAAGAAGCAGACGUCCACACAGAUACACCUGCAGAAGCGUCUCCUGGAGGCUGUGCGACCCCGUCCUCCCCCGGCCCCUGCCUGAGCCCACAGAGGUCCACUCCCCAUUCCAGACUGGAGAGGAACUUUACUCCUUCUGAGUCCCGGCUGGGGUCCCACCGCUGGCCUGUCCUGCCCCCCAUCACCCCCAUCAGAGGACAUUCAUCCUCCUCCUCGUCUCACUGCUCUGGGUUCAGCUGCAGCCUCUCCCACAUCUUUGACGACCUGGAGGCCAUCGCUCCCCCGUCACCGUCUUGUCUUUCUCUGGAGCAGCCUUCAGACUCCUCUCGGUCUCCUUCGCCCAGCACAGAACUGUCCCCGGGCCUUGCAGCGGUCACAGUGGGUUGUGACUCUGGAGAUCUGGGCUCUAUUUCCCGAGUGCAGCUGCUCCUCCUGGACCGACCGAUACCAGACGCCCAUCUGAGCCCGUCUGAGUUGGAGGAGGGAUUUUCCCCUUUGCCAGACUGGUGCGAUCCAAUGGUGCAGUAUGAUGAUGACACAGGUGACUGGAGGCCCCUCACAGCUGGCAGCGUCUCUGAAAGGUCCUACUCGGCGGCGAGGGGAGACACAUCGGAUUGGUGUGAGAGUCCUUUGGUGUCGCCAUCCUCAUGGAUCCUAGAACCGUCGUCGGACACGCUCCGAUCUUCUGGUUCUCCUUUACACCCUGAUAACGAUGACGGAAACCCCGCUGAGGAGGAGCCCAAUUAUCAAGAAAACGGAGAUCGGGAUCUGUGCUCGGACGGAGAGCAGAAGAGGCCCAAGAGUCCCGAAGGCAGACCUGGACAGAGAGACCGGCAGAUGGGGGAGAGGGAAACAAAGGCGUGGAGCAUGCUCUCCAAACUGCAGGAAAACACGCCUCAGCAGAGCAGCAGCAGCACAAGCCGCUCCAAUUUUGAAGACUUCGACUUUUUGGCAAAGUACUGCAUUUUCAGUCAGGAGAAGCUGGCUGAGUACAAAAGAGCUUUUGAAGCAGAGGACCGCAGUGGCGACGGCUACAUUUCUUCUCUUCAGGUUCUUCUUGCCCUCAAGACAAUUAUUCCUGAAGAGCAUCUGUCUGAAGAAGAAGAGAUCUACGUGUACAGGAUCUUGGAGAUGGUGGACUUCAAAGUGACAGAUGGACUGGUGGAUCUGAGGCUGUUUGCUGUGAUUGCAAGCCUGGCACAGAAAAUAGCUUCCAUGGAUGAGUUUAUGCGCUCCCUCAUCAGCAGCAUGGACUUCCGCUCCCUUGAAGUGAGGCUCUUCAAAGCCAAGCAGCUGUUUCUGUUCCUCCUGGAGGAGCAGCAGGCGGAUGCGGGCCUUCAGCAGGGCUUCAUCAGCGGCGAGCAGCUCCUGCUGGAGCUGAAGGCCGGUGGGAUCCAUCUCGAGCAGGAGGCGGUCGUCAGGCUGGAGCUGCAGAACAUCCCGCCUUUGGACCUGCUGGACUUCCUGGCCUACCUGCCGCUCUUCAUGCUCAUUCAUAAAUCCGUCAUCUCCAACCCGCUCAACGACUCCAGACAUUUUUAGACUCUUUGAUUUCUCUUUAAUAUACUGUAACUUUUCAACUGUUCACACGAUCAACAUAAUUCCAGUAGAUUUUAAAGAAGAAAAGCGGCUCAUUCCGCUUUUCUUCUUUAAAAUCUACUGGAAUUACGUUGAUCGUGUUCACUUUUUUUGUAAAUCAAAGAACAUAAAUGCUGGAGAUGUUAAAGGGUGAGCAGUUUCCUUCAGAAAUCAAUGUCUGUGGAUUUGACAGUUUUCCCUGAUAAUGUUCUUGGAAGCCGGUUUCCAUGACGCUUAACUAUUCACCACAAUAAAGAGGUCUUAUCAGCAGAAAUGCAGCUGCUCAAUGUUUGUGCUUUGUUUGCAGCAUAUUACCAGCAGCUUGUGUUCAAUAAUGUUCAAUUCAAAUCCAUAAAAGAAGAGAAGAAAUAAUAAAAAAUAAAUAUAUUCAACUGUU